CCCGAGGCUACGUUCUCCUGUUGUCGCGUCCGUACGGGGUCAGUAUAGGGCUUCUCGCCAUCCUUGCAAAGACGAACCAGCCCGUGUUGAGACUGCUGCAGCUGAGUCUCUCGCCACGGCCAGAUUGAUGCUCGUGCACAUGGCGUCAGGGAAGGGCUGCGUGUCGCUGAGAAGGCACCCGCCAAACAUCCCAUCGAGCAGAUCCGCUGCAAGCGAUAGGGAAUGUCAACGUCGCGCGUUGUCGUAUCGCAACUUGCUGAAGCCACCUGCGUCUCGUGUGUCUCGUGGGGCCGCCCACUCGAACGAUGGCUGCGGGCCUUGUCGCUUUGAGAGGGCAAGCGGCCCCGCCCCGCCGAGGCGUUUCCGCCCUGCAAUCGUGCCUGCUGAUGGUUCUUGCAAUGGCGGCUCUGUGAGUGAGCAUCGCAACAUGCUCGAGGACUUGCCCGAGGACAUCAUGUGCUCCGUCUUCGUCUACCUUGAUGCACAGGACAUGGACAGGUGAAGACAAACAACACACACAACAGACGGCUCCUGGCGAUUCCCACCACCUUGUGCUUCGGGAUUCGUUGAUGUGAUCAAUCUGUCUGUCUGUGACGCAGGUUAGGUCGUUCGAGUUGUUUUCUAUUCGAUGAGGCCCGUCGGUGCAGCGAGCGGCGAUUCCAGGAGCUCUUCGGGGCAAUGGGCCUGCCCACCUACCUGAGGAACUCGCGAUCGCACCUGUUCCGCCUGCUGCAGUUUGCACAAGGCACCGCCAACGCCCCGGCAGUACUGCAGACCAUCGCAUGGGCCGCAGGUGAACGCAUGAAUGAAUGACGGAUAUAAACAACAUGGACGGAGCUCAUCGGCUUCCCUUUCCCCUGCGUGUGUCGUCUCUCCCUCGUCUCUUCAGCCUUUGGGUAUCCUCGGUACAUCCGUCAUUGGCUGAGCCAGUGGAGGGGAACAUUCCCGUCUCGGAGGAGUACGGAGGUGCCAAACGCGCGGGCUGCCGACGGCACGCCGGCUCUCUACCUCGCCACGCAGAGCAAGAAAUAUGAUGUACGUAGGCGCCCAGUGAGUGCAUAUGAAAGACAGCACAACACUGUGUCUCUUCUUUUGUUUUGCUCAGAUCAUGGCUCUUCUGCUCGAGGCAGGGGCGUGUCCGAAUGCACCGCUGAGCAACGGCAACACAUCUCUGUUUGUAGCGGCCAAGCAUCUCGACCUCCAGGCGGCCGACAUCCUCAUGCAAGCGGGGGCCUCACCCAUUGUGGUGAGCAGUAGGCCUUGCGAACGCACCUUCGCAUCAUUUUCACUCCGCUACGUGUUUGCAGGAGAAUCGUGUCCGCCAAUCGGUGUUCAUGGCUGUCAUCCAAGUUGCCCGAGAGGCCCCCAACCCCGACACAGUGCACAGUGCUGUCGCAUUCAUACGAAUAAUUGCAAGGGUGGGUCGGUCGAUAGAUGAGCACACACACGUCUCUGGCCGCUGUGUAUUCUGCUCGUCUGUUCAGGGACUUGACACGGCAUCCAAAUCAAGCCGGUCAGCCCUGAAGGCCCUCCUGGCUGCCUGUGAGGCAAGGCUGCCCGCGAUCGUCGAAACUCUCCUUGACGCAGGCGUCGGCAUGCCCGCAUCGCAACAGAGACACACCGCAGCACAUUCAGCCCGCUCCCGGCCGCAGAGUGCCCACGCCGGCAGCGUGGCCGCAACGCAGCGCAGAAUAUCCCUCAGGAAUGGCGGCAACGAUCCUGUGGACAUGCUUUUGGGGAUGACGCUGCCUGAUCCGAGCUGGGUGGACCGGUUUGAGACCAGCAUGAGCAUGUCUCCCACGGCAACGCCAGCGUCACCGUCAGCGCGCCCGUUGAGCGCUGCGGGGAGUGUUGUGGGCGGCAGCGGGGGAGAUGGUGACCAGCUGCCGUGUCCACUCCUGGUUGCCUGCCAGAAUGGAAACCGGGAAAUCGUGCAGGCAGGCAUAAAUGGACCCUGACCACACAACCAGUCGCCAUGUACGGAUGUUUGUUGGUUGAUCAGCUGUUGCUCGAGAAAGGCGGGGCCCAGGCUGAUGUUAACUCAACGCUCGCCUCUGGCAAGACGCCACUGUACAUCGCUGCUGAGAUGGGCGAUGAUAAGAUGAUUGCUAUGGUGAGUGAGACGUGGAUAGGGUGGUGUCACAUAUCCAUCAUGAAUCCUUCGUGGCAGCUUUUGAUCCAUGGAGCGAAGCUGUCCAGCACCACCUGUACGGGCCGCUCAGCGCUGUUCGCAGCCGUGCAGGUCGGCAAGGAUGUCUCAUGCUCGUCACACCGGCAGUUGGUCGUAUAGGGAUUGAUGCCUUGUUCUUGUCCAGGGCGGCCACGAGAAAGCGGUCAAGAGUUUGCUGAAGUUUGCUGACGUACCUGACAUCAUCAGGUAAAUUCCUCCGCUGUGUGAUCUCCUUUGCCUACACCCCGCUUUGUCGCUGUGUCAAUGCAGGCCGACGCCCAAUGGGGAUUCUCCGUUUUCUCUGGCCGAAAGGCGCGGCAAGGCCCCCAUGCUGGUGGACAUGCUCGACUGUUACCUGCGGCAGAUCCGCAAGCGCGCCCAGCUCCGGGACAUGGGCCUCAGCGAUGACGAGUGCCCUGAGGUGUUCGACGCCUAUCUUACUGCAUUGUGCCUCAAAAUGGGGGUGAGCGAAUCUCGGCACGAAUUCAUAUAUGACAUAUCGGUGGAAGGCCAAUGCCGACAUUCUGUAUCUGAAUGUCAGCUGAUUGGUCGUUCGAAGGCCAAGGAUCUGAUGCAGGGGCGGCAUCGCGGUGUCUCACGCUCACCCUGCGCCGCAGCCAAGCGAGCCCAGACUCCAUUCCGCGUCUCCCAGUCGCCCAUCAGCGCGCGAGCUGGCGACCCCUCCGCACCCCCACUAUGGAUGACACCAGAGGAAGAGGAACGAUGGAGGCAGUUCACGCCGCCAGUCGACAUGAGAGGCUUUCGGCCUUCACAAACACGGCCACGCAGCUUCCACAUUCGCGCACAGCCGAAGGCAUAUCACACGGACGUGGAGCCACAACAAGAAAAGGCCAUCCCUGUCGACCAGUCGGCUCCGCUUUCGGGUGGUGGUAGAGGCGCCUCUGGAACUGAGGGGGCGGCCGAGAACAAGACGGACUGUGUCUCAAGAAACCCUGAGCCCUUCUCGUCCCUCAACGCUUUUCAAGAGAGAAAGGGGACGUCGCCAACAAUCCAGCGGUGGAAGGAGGGCGGCGCAACUCUUAUGGCUGACGACCACAAGGAAGACACCGCUGACGAUGGGUUUGAGUACAAGCCGAAAAGGGAGCUCAAAUGGCAGAGCGCCUCAUCUGCGAAGAUCAAGUCUCGGGAGCUAUUGCAAAGUAUCCAGCAAACCUACGAAGGACAGCUUGGCGGGGCUUCGGAAGCAGAAGGAAAACAAGCAAUCAACAAGCCCGAAAGAACAGAUGACGUCUUCGCCAAGUCCCCACCGCCACCAAGAAGCUCUCCAGCGACCCCUCUGACGUCCGAUCUGCCAGCUCCUGGCUGGAUCGAGCAUAAGAACAGGAGAAGUAUGGUGUCAGCCCCCGUGGAAGAGAAGAAAGAUUUCUUACGCUGCCGUCAAGGUAGCGGAGGCAGCAUGGGAGGAGACAUGACUUUGCUGGAGCGGCCAAGGCCCUCCGGCCACCCGACGCUGCCGAGCGAGUUCCUGCUGUCAGAGCUGAAUUGCGCAUGAUAUGUAUGUCUUUGUGUGCUUUCGGACAUGUGUGCGUAUGCUCGUAUGUUCGUUUUUCUCUAAGUCGUGAUCGCAUCGCGACAUGCUGUCAGUCUCAUGGGCUCACGGAGCGUGUCCACAAUAGUGAGUGAAUGGUUUGCGUCAUUCCUUUUGGCUGGCUACGUCUUACAAGCUGACAUUCUUGAGUGUCCAAUCAGUUGAAGCGAUGUGUGUGUCUCGCCCUCCGUCUUCCUACAACCAUCUGUGCAUGGUGGCUACCCAGCUCCUUCAAGAAGGAAGAA